AAGGAGUAUGGCACCUUCACUUCUUUCUUGAUACCCUUUUCUCUCUUCUCUCUCCACAAAAGUCAAUGAAUGACCUAUGAAUGAGGGUCCAUAUUCAUUUUUUUUCCAACCUCAAAAAUUUGAUUUUGAUUGUUGGGUCUUACAGCAUCAUCACACCCUCUUUUGUUCUUCAGAUGAAAGAGGAAUCAGAUUUCUGAAUCACAUUCAUUCAAUUUUUUCCAACUUUGAUUCAUCAAUAGGGUCCAAAAGGGCCAUUUUUUGUUGUCAAAGUUUAGAAUUUUUUUAUUGGGCAUUUUCAUUGUUGAUAAAAAAUUGAUUUUUUUAGAUCAAUUUGUUAAUGGGUCAUGCUGAAUUAUUGUAGUAAUUGAAAAUCUGCUAUUUUAUUUUUGGAAAUUUGGAAAAUGGAAGAUCAAGAUUUUUUAGGUUAUGAAACAUUUGUUAAUGUUGAGGAGGAGGAAGAAGAAGAAGAAGAAGAUGAGUUUUGCAGUUGUUGUGAAGAUGAAGAACAUGAAGAAGAAGAAGAAAGAGAACAAGAUGAAGAAGAAGAAUGGAAAGAUACUGAGGAGAAAGUGGUGGAAAAUUUGAAGGAAGAACUUGAUGAAUUUUCAGUAAGAAUGUUCUUUAAAGGAUUAUCAAUAACUGGAAUUGAAAAUUCAACUUCAGGGUUUUCUGGAAUUGGAGUGUUUAUGGAAAGAUCAUCAAAAUUUUCUCCUAUAAGGGUGCAAAAAAGGCUUGAUUUUUAUGCUGAUGAGGCUAUGGUUGAAUACUUAGCACUCAUGGAUGGUUUACUUGAAGCUUUGCAGAAUAAGAUCCGUAGAGUUUAUGCCUUUACAGAUUCUGAAUUGUUGUAUAAGAUAACAUUUGAGGAAAAUUCGGACAUGCCGCUUUUGAUGGCAUUAAGAGAAAGGAUUCUAGAACAUGCCAAUAAUUUUGAAACUUUCGAUCUGAAGCUUAUACCAAGCAUUGAUCUUGAGCAGCCACUGCAGUUGGCCAAAGUAGCUAUGGGACUCGUCACUUUUCCUGUGACUGGCAAAACAUCACUCGAGAAUUGCUCUAUUUGUUGCGACGACAAGCCAGUACCAAUGAUGAUUACCUUGAAAUGUUCACACACAUUCUGUUCACAUUGCUUGAGAUCCUAUGCUGACGGUAAGCUACAAUGUUGUCAAGUCCCUAUAAGAUGUCCUCAACCCGGAUGCAGAUAUUGUAUCUCGUCACCCGAAUGCAAGUCUUUUCUUCCAUUCACCUCGUAUGAAUCUCUUGAGAAAUCCCUUUCGGAAGCAAAUAUUGUGCAGUCAGAAAGAUUUUAUUGUCCGUUUCCGAAUUGCUCCGUUCUCCUUGAUCCUUGCGAGUGUUUAUCGGCAAUGGACGGUUCAUCUAGUCAGUCAGACAAUUCUUGUAUCGAGUGUCCUGUUUGUAAGAGGUUUAUCUGUGUGGAGUGUGGUGUUCCUUGGCAUUCUUCCAUGACCUGUGAAGAAUACCAGAAUUUGCCAGAGGAGGAGAGAGAUGCUUCUGACAUUACAUUGCAUCGUCUUGCUCAGAAUAAAAGGUGGAAGCGUUGUCAGCAGUGUCGUAGAAUGAUUGAGCUUUCUCAAGGUUGUUACCACAUGACAUGCUGGUGCGGUCACGAGUUCUGCUAUUCUUGCGGUGCGGAGUAUAGGCACGGCCAACAAACAUGUCAAUGUGCAUUUUGGGAUGAAGACAGCCUGACAAACACCCUUCAAGAAUCGGAACAAUGGACAUGGGAGACUUCUACGAUCAUGGAUGCAUACUCAGAUCAAGAACGAUCACAACUCGCACUUAUACAACGGUUCCUUGAUGGCGGUUUUAGUCUCAGUGACCACAAUCCCUACCAAUCUCCUCCUCCUCAAUGUACAGAAUCCUUUGUAGACCCUUUGAAGGAUCUUCAUCAACUUCCAUGGCUAGAGAGAUUUGUUUCUGUGAUAAGUGAUAACUACUAUGAAGAUUACUUGCAAUAAAAUUGUGCUACAUCUUACACUGCAUGUUUGGAUUGUCGGUGAGCUUGGCCGAAUCAGUGUGUUGCCAUGAUUUUGAGUGAACACCAUCAAAAGCACUAAGAUCACAGAACCCCCAACUUCUACCUAUGAUAAACCUCCGCAACUUUGAAAGAGUAAUAACAUCAGCAACAAUCUGAGAUGGAACUUUUCUGGUUCACUUCCUAAAAUAUAGAGUUCUUCGAGUUGUGAACAUUUCCCUAUUAUUCGGUUAAUAGUUUUCUUCAAGAUAUGUACAAUAUUUCAAAUCAAGCAACUUCAAGAUAUGAACAUCACAAUGUGUUAGUGAUUUUGAUAAAAGUUACACUUUGGAGCUUCAGAAAAAUCAUGGGGUCGUUGUGAUUUCGUCAAAUUCACUGUCAAUCCAAACAUGCAAAUAGUUAGCUCAUCAACUUCAUACAAUCACAUGUAGAAAAAGUGGCCACUUCUGAUGAUGUGUAGUAACCAUGUCAUGUGACUUCUUGUAUGUUCUUCAGUUUGAUAUCUUUGACCUAAGGUUCAUGGAUAUAUUGUAUUAAAGUGAACGAUUUGUUCAUCAUGAGAUAACUCUUUAGAAAAAGAAAAAGGAACAUUGGAAGAUAAACUAGUUUGUCUGUGGUUUGAGAAUAAUACAAUGUUGGUCAGUUGAAAGAAAUUCCGGAUUUUGUUUUUCA